AUGGGACGCUUUAGCUGGUUAACGGAGGCUUCGAAUAGCUCUGCUAGGCUAGUCAGUAACGACGAAGAAGAUGUGAGUUUUCAUACCAGUCGAGAUUUAAGCGUUGGAAUACCGAGCAGAUGGUACUGCGGUUUCUUGAAUCCACUGAAAAUGAUAGACCAUACGAACGAACAUCCUGGUGGAUGUUCUUUGGCUGCAAGGAUUAUAAGACUGAGGCAUGUUUUUGCUCAAGUGAAGAAGCAACUUCUUGAGAUUAGGCGUUUUAGAAGAGUCGAGGUGACGACGGUGGAUACUGUAAAUGCCGAGCUUGUCUGUCUUUUUAGCUACUCGGUGUUUGGUUGA